AUGACCACCGGGGAUUUGACAAUGGCAAUGAUCUUUUUCUUACAAACUACAGUUGGACUUCUGGGGAAUUUCUGUGUUUUUUACUAUUAUCUCUUCCUUUAUUUGACAGGAUACAAGCUUAGGUGCACAGACUUGAUUCUUAGGUAUCUGACUGUAGCCAACCUCUUAGUUAUUUUUUCUAAAGGAAUCCCUCAAACAAUGGCAUCUUUUGGGUUGACACAUUUUCUCGAUGAUUUUGGAUGCAAACUUGUUUUCUUUGUUCACAGAGUGGGCAGGGAUGUGGCCAUUGAAACCACCUGCCUCUUGACUGUCUUCCAGGUGAUCAUGAUCAGUCCUGGGGACUCCAGGUGGGCACAGCUUAAAAUAAAAGCUCCCAAGUACGUGGGCACCUCCAACAUCUUCUGCUGGGUCUUGAAUAUAGUGCGAAGUAUUGUGGUUCCUUUUCAUCUAACUGGCAAAAGGAAUAACAUAAACAUCACAAAGAAAAUAGAUCAGGACUACUGUUACGCGAUAUCUUACGACAAAAUCACAGAGUCAUUCUAUGUGCCAUUGCUAUUAUCCCAUGAUGGUUUCUGUUUGGGGCUCAUGCUCUGGGCCAGCGGCUCCAUGGUUUUCACCCUGCACAGCCACAAGCAGCGGGUCCAAUACAUUCAUAGGAACAAUCUCUCCCCCAGAUCCUCCCCUGAGAGCAGAGCCACCCGAAGCAUCCUUGUGCUGGCGUUCUUCUUCCUUUCUUCAUGGAUGCUGUCCUCUAUCUUCCACAUGAGUUUGUCAGUUUUUAACAACUCCAGUCUGUGGCUGAGGAACACUUCUACACUGCUCACUAUGUGUUUUCCUACUCUCAGCCCCUACAUCCUCAUGAGACAUGACCCCAGAGUGUCCACCCUCUAUUCUGCCUGGAUAUGGAAACAAAACCCCCUAAACUUAUCAUAA